AUGGAUCACAUGACGAGGAAAAAGGAAACCAAACUCAGUCAGUCAGUCAGUCAGUUUCAAAACACAGUUCGCUCUAUUGAUGUGUCAAAUAACAAAUAUUUUCGAAAUCUUACGGAAGACUUUGUGCAUGGGCUUUCACAACUCAAAUUAAAUACUCUUAUAAUUGAACACAAUUAUAUCACGCAUUUGAAUUUUUCUGUCAUAUCUCGUCUGAAGUCACUCCGUGAUCUAAGUGUGGCUCACAACGACAUUUCUUGGACAUCAGCUGAUGUUCCCUGGUAUUUGGUCAAUAUUUCUUUCCUUUCAAAUUCCCUGACAGAGCUUCCUAAAUUUUGUAGUGAUAUCAAUUAUUCACAACUUCGAAAUUUAGAUAUAGGUCAAAAUGCCAUUGAACAUAUGUCAAAUAUUAGUUUGAAAUGUCUUACAGAUUUAGAAUAUGUAACUUUCGGAGACAACCUUUUUUGGAGGUUUUAUUCAAAUACCUUUUCAUCAUUGUCAAAUAUUCAACAUAUUUCUAUUAACAAUGCUUUCAGAAGUUACUCAAUCGAUGAGGUGCUGGAGGAAUAUACGUUCAAUAAUAGUGCAGUGAAAAAGCUUAUUCUUUCAGACAUUGCUAAAUUUGGAUAUUUUGAUGACCUUGUUAACCCAAAGGCACUGAGAGGAUGUACGGAACUUGCCUAUUUGGACCUGUGCUACAACGCUAUGAUCUAUUUAAACAACAGCUAUCUUCAAAAUCUCCUUUCUGGACUUGACAAAUUAGAGGUGCUACGAAUGGCAAGGUGUCAGUUAUCCUUUUUUCCCAGUGUAAUAUCUAAUCUCCAACAACUUACACAAAUUGAUCUUCACGGAAACAGAAUUAUGUCUGUACCUCCAGAAGUCUUCACUAACUUGAGAAGACUCAAAAGUUUGAAUCUCUCACAAAAUUCCAUUGAGGUCGUUAGUGAAGCUCCAUUUCCUAUACCAAUAAGAAAGCAGUUGUCAACAGUGAACAUGGCUUUCAAUAAUUUUGUCUGUACUUGUGCUAAUCUUUGGUUCAUUACGUGGACGAAGGAAGAAACAAGUAAAUUCAUUAAAUUCCCUGAGUCCUAUCAAUGCGGAUACCCACUGAACCUCAAAUCAACGCUUCUCAUUGAUGCCAACAUCUCUGAAGAGAUUUGUCGAAUCUCACCUUAUGUGUUUCCCAUAAUCUUUGGUCUGUCCUUAGUUUCAACCGUGUUGGUAGUAGUUCUCUCCAUUGCCUACAGAUUACGUUGGAGCAUUCGCUAUUGUGUGCACAUGUUGACAUACAAAAGGAGGAAGCCAAUUGAUGAAACGAUAUACAUAUAUGACGCCUUUGUGCUGUACUCUGAAGGUGAUUCCCCUUGGGUAAGAAAUAAUAUCAUACCAAGGAUUGAACUGUGUAUCCACGAAAGAGACUUUAUUCCUGGAGAAUAUAUAGUUGAUAAUAUUGUAACCAGUUUGGAAAGGAGCAGAAAAGUCAUCAUGGUGCUGUCUAAUUCUUUCAUUCUCAGUUCAUGGUGUCAGUUCGAGCUGGCUCUGAUCCAGAAACGGGCUCUGGAGAAGGACGAGGGUUACCUGUUGGUGGUGUUGCUUGAGAACAUUGAGUCCCGAAACAUGACGUCAUCACUGUAUGCCCUCUUCCAGACGACUACCUAUAUUACGUGGCCAGAGGAGGAGGAGGAUAGACGAGUAUUCUGGAUGCGACUAAAACAAUGUCUGCAAGGAUAAGAGUUAAACGAUAGACCUCAAAAUAUUCCCUACACAGAAAUUAAACAAUCAGGGCAUGGACUUAUUGUGUGCUGUCUGAAUUUGAGGUUUCUUGCUUUAACAUCAGCACUGGAACAAACUCAUAUACACUACAACAUACAAGUAUACUGAACUGCAAAAGAAACGCCACCAAAUGCACUAUUUUGUUCUAACAAGGUGGUGUUUUUCUUAUGAUUGUACCGUUUUGUUAACAUAUUUUUCAAUCCAGAUUGACAGUUAUUACCAACAUCACUGUGUUUUCUUAUGAAAAAGCAUA